AUGAAACUCUUGCUGAUUUUUGCCUCAUUUUUUGUCUCCUUCUGUGUUGCUGACCCAAUUUGUACCAAUGGAUUUACACUAGUGAAUAGUGCAAAAUGUUUGAAGUUUUUUGCUACACCUGUUAAGCACCGCGUAGCUGAAACGAGUUGUGCAUCGUAUGGAGGAGCAUUGGUGACGAUUAGGAAUGCAAUUGAUAAUCGCGCCGUAAGCACCUUCGUCGGCAAUUCAGGAUUCAGUUUCUGGAUUGGUGUCUUCUGUGUGAGCAAUGAUCCAUCCACCUGUUAUUUCGAUGAUGAUACAGGCUCUGCGAGUGCCUAUAACAAUUUCGCCAGAGGCUUUCCGAAUGUGGAUUUGGGUGGAUGUGUGUACUCGGCGGCGACUGGAUCCCUAGCUGGGCAAUGGAUCAGUUCCGAAUGUGAGAAUGUUGAAAUGGCAUAUGUCUGUGAGAUUCCGACUACUAGAUCAGACACCUGCGCCCACAACUUCAACGGUUACUGCUACCUUCUCUCCCAUGAAAACGCUACAUCUCCAACUCUUCCAUUCUCGGCUGCAUUGGAUUCUUGCCAUCAGAAUUGCGCCGAUCUAGUCUCAAUUCACUCAAAGAGAGAAAUCUCUUACAUUCAAUCCCUUUACACUGGAUCUAACAUCUCCACAACCAUGAUCGGAGCACUGACUACAUCUCCGUUGACUCCAUAUUGGAUUGACCAGUCUAGAUGGGAUUAUAACCAUGUUAGUCCGAGAUCUGGCUCAUCUGGCAGCUGCUUCCAAAUGGCGGUGUCUACAGAUGGUACCUGGUAUCAAGUGGAUUGCAAAACCAGUCAGUACUUUGUAUGUAAACGUCCAAAUGGAAUCACCUGUAAUAAUACACCAGCACCCCCAGUAAUUGUCACUCCUGCUCCUACAAAUCCAUCUGGCUGUAAUUCCACAACUCUCUUUGAUUCUGGAUAUAUCACGUCUCCUAACUACCCAACCAGUUUUGUAUAUUCAUAUUGUGUUUAUAAGAUCUCCACGUUAGGUCCGUAUAGAAUCGGAUUGUAUUUCUCUGACAUCUACACUUAUGAUUCUUAUACAAGUGUUCAGGUUUUGGAUUCAGAUGGAAAAGUUUUGGGAACAUUCAGACAAGCUGUAAGCCCUUUUCCGUACUACUACAGUAGCUCGAAUAUUUUGACUGUUAUUUCCGUAUCCACCACUAAUCAAGGCUAUCGUGAUUCUCGCCCCCACCCCCUCCGAAAAAUGUCCGAAUUCAACAAGGAAGUCUACAAAUUUUGGGUGCAAAACCAAUUGGCAUUUUAUGAGCAAAAAUAUCCGGAUGCCGAUCAAAAAAGUCUUCUGGACUUGAUGGAAGGCAUUUGGGAGGGCGUUUCGAAACGAGACAAAACCUUUUUUGAGCGGAUGUAUUUGGAGCAAAAAGGGGCGGAGCCUAACUGGAACGAUGAGCAAUGGGAGGAGUGGAAUGCGGAUAGGCAGGGACCGUUAGUACCAAGUCCUCAGAUUUCUAACAAUUCGAUGACAUCGGAAUCGGAUUUUUUGGAUUUUGAAGAAUUUGUGGAAAACCGGAAUUUGGAUUUUUCCAACUUUCUAGAUCUCAACGAUGGGAUUUAUGAUUUGGAGCCUGAUUCGAUUCCAGAACCUUCGAAAAGUUCAAAACCACGAAAAUCACGAAAUUUGAAAAAAGAAAGUUCGCGCCCAAAAAUGCUGGAUCCCAGUCAAAUUUCAUUAUUCGAUGAUUCAGAAGAACCUUCGCCAAUUUCCAAAAAAGUUCGAAAAGUCAAAAUUCUGCCCGUUCCCAAGACUCCGCCCCCUCAACAAUUUUGGAAUCCAAAUGAGAUUUCGUUAUUCGAUAAUGGUUCGGUUUUGACUCCGCCCACUUUUAUGGCAAAUUCAUCGAUUUUGGACCAGGCACGACAGAGGUUGAAUGGAGCGUUUCGGAAUAUUCAGAAUGACAGGCCCCAACUGCCACUCCAAGAACAAUCUCCUGAAUCAAUAAUAGAACGAAAGCAACGGCGGAGACCGGAAGGAACGGAGAAUAUGAUUCCACAGAGUUACGUGGCAAGUUCAUCAGGGAGAAAAGGACCGACAACGUUACCGAAUUUGGUUGAAGGAUCGAAUUCCAGAAUCUCAGAAUCUCGGAAUUUCAGAAUCUCAAAUUUUCAUCUCUUCCAGAAUCUUCUACCAUCGGACUCAUCGGAUUCUGAAUCGCCAUGUCGCCGGCCACCAUCACCAACUUCUCAAUAUCGUCCACCUCCUCCGUCAAACGCGAUUCAAAUAUUCAUAAUGGAGCAGGGACCGAAAAAUGUGUACAAAAAAGAGGAAAAAUUGAAAUAUGAGCAACGAAUGAGAGAAAUGUGGAUGCGGUUGAACGAUGAGCAACGGAAACCGUAUCGAACUGAAGCGAAGAGAUUGUUGCAAAUUUAUAUGAAGGUGAGGGGGAUUUUUAGAGGUUUUCAGAAGUUUUUGAAUUUCGAAAAUUCAGAAAUUCCCAUUUUUAGGAAUUCCGAAUUUUUUCAAAUAACUACGCUCCAAACUCCAAAAUGCUACGAUCCAUUUCAAGAUUUGAAAAUUUGGAAGCCAAGAAAUUUUGAAAUUCACCAUCUGGAACCAUCUAUCAAACUUCCAUCCGAUUAUCCAUGGCCAAUAUUAUUGGGCGACGUAUUUUUGAUUUUGUCGAAAUGA